CCGCUGCCCGUCUCCGUGGGAUGAGCUGCCCGCUGCCCUGCGCCGCGCUUGCACUCAUGGGACUGCUCUUCUCCAGAACCAUGGCCUGGACUUCCAGCGGGAAGACGCACCCGGAGCUCGUCAACAACCUCUACAAAAAAGGGAUAAUUAAAUCCCAGCGAGUCUUUGAUGUGCUGUUGGCUACUGACAGAGGUCACUACAUCAAAUAUUUCCCGUACAUGGAUUCUCCUCAAUCUAUCGGAUACAAGGCUACGAUCAGCGCACCGCAUAUGCAUGCCCACGCGCUGGAAUUGCUGAAGGAUCAGCUCGUGGAAGGUGGGAAAGCGCUGGAUGUUGGAUCUGGAAGUGGAUAUCUUACAGCUUGCUUCGCCAGGAUGAUGGGCCCAACAGGGAAAGCUGUGGGCGUAGAGCACAUUACAGAACUGGUACAUGAAUCCAUCAGAAACGUCCAAGAAGAUGAUCCAACCUUGCUCAGCUCCGGCCGUGUAAAACUCGUGGUUGGAGAUGGCAGGCAGGGAUACCCCGAGGAGGCUCCUUACGAUGCCAUCCAUGUUGGAGCAGCAGCAGCGACGGUACCAAAGGAGUUGCUGAAUGAGUUGAAGCCAGGAGGUCGGUUAAUACUGCCCGUGGGUCCCGAAGGUGCCAACCAAGUUCUGAUGCAGUACGACAAAACCAGCGACGGGCAGAUCGUCGAAACGCAGCUGAUGGGUGUGAUCUACGUUCCUCUGACAGAUAAGGAAAAGCAGUGGCCUCGGUAAAGAUUUGCUCUCCCUUGAGGAGCGUUUCUUCCUCACAGCUGUCCCUGUGAGCUUGCUCUCCUUGACUGCUGGCUUUGCUGAGAGUCCUGGAUCCCUAGCAGCUGCUGUGUGCAAAAGAGAGAAGAAAGAGGCUUGGCAGUGGUAGGGCACAGCAGGAGAGCGGGAUGUAUUUUCUGUUAGAUAGGAUUUCUGA